AUGAAAUUCUUCAUUGCAUUUGCUGCUCUCAUCGCCGUCUCGGCUGCGGCCUCGUUCCACAAGCCCUCGUCCAACUUCGACGCAGAGUUCCAAGCAAUCAUGGAUGCUAUCAACAGCCCUAGCACCGACCCAGCCACCGCUAUUCUUCUGCAAGAGCAGCUGCAGUCAAUUCUUGGAAUCGAUGUUGAACCAGUCAUAAUUCCUGACCCAGUUCUCGUCGACGAGCCUCAAGAAGUACCACAAGAAGUACCACAAGAAGCAGCCCCUGUUAGCUCUCCUCUUGUUAAAAUCACCAUUAACGUCAACACCGAGUCUGCUCCUGCUCCUGCCCCUGGUAAUGUACGUCCCGAGCCCGUGCCAGUUGAUUUCGAGACCAUUGAGACUAACCCAGUUAUCAUUGAUCCCGUUAUCGUUGAUCCCGUUAUCGUUGCUCCCAUUGAUCCCGAAGCUGUUCUUCUCCCCGGUAUCCACAACUAGUUAAUUAUUAAUAUCUAUAAGUAUAAAAGUACAACGUAUACUUGACACGUCUAUAAUGUUAUAAGUAUUUUAAGGCAAACUUAAUAAAGCCAUAACAUAUCAUGAAA